UUAAACUGGUGUGUCAGUGAGGAGACUGGGACAGCCUGGUGCAACUGUGUGUAGGGAAGAUGCAAAGCCCUCAGUAACACUUUCUCCACUUUCCCAGCUCUCACUGAGAAGGUACAAACUGUCUGCACGUGAAAUGUGAUAUUCUGCCUUUGGUAAGGUGUUCCUGGAAUCUCUCCGCAUUCUCUCAGGAAAGCUACAGUGAUAGAAGGUGUCAGUCCAAUACAGCGAAGAAGAAGAACAAGGCAAUGCCGGGCAUAAAUUCCACCAUGACCAGCUUACUGCUGACAUACACCCAUACCCACGCAAAAAAUGCCACGGCAACAAAGACCCUUGAUCAAAUGGAAGUGGUGUAUAUCCUUCUACUUUUGGGAUUCUUUGGCUUUUUUACCUUUGGCAUAAUGUUCAGUUAUAUCCGCUCCAAGAAACACGAGCACUCAGAUGAUCCUUAUAAUACGUAUAUUGCUCAAGACUGGGAAAAAAAAGAAAAGAAAGAGUCAACGAAGAAUUCCAAGAAACCGAAGCCGACUUGCUAUUCAGUAGAGAACAAGUUUGCAGUGGAGCAGCCAACCCAAUACAUCCCCACUUCUCCCAGCAACUGAUUGAUAAGAAAGGCUCCAAAAGUUGGGCUGGAAAAGGGGGCUGGACAUGGAAGGAUAAAGGGUAACUAAAUAUGCCUUUGUUAUGACUGUAUCAAUGGGGAAUCAUUUCAAACAGUUGACGUAUGUUCAAUAUGUCUACAGAGGAAUGUGAAGGAGUGAAAUGCUUCAUUAAGUUUUUGCAUGGAGCUGUUUGUGCUGUACUGAAGAGCUCACACUCAUUAACAUCAAAGAGAAAUAUUAUAGAAAAAGAUUUGGUUUAAAAGAGGAGCUGGACAUAAAGUCUUAUUGGGACUCUGAGGGCCCCCUUGGCAGCCCCCCUUUCUCAAUGCACAAAUACAUGGGAGGCAGAACAGCUGCCAGGAGCCCAGCCUGUAGGUCAAUGAGAAUGAGAGGGUUAUAUUCUCAAAACAAUAUUGCACAAUGAAUCUUUUUCCCAACUUUUUUCCCAGCACUGAACAAGUCUGUCCUUCAUCCCCAUGUCUGAUUCCUGUGUCAUUUAAUGAAGGGAAAUGACAUA